AUGUUGACCGACAUGAGUCUCUCCUUCCAGAUUGUCUUCUAUGAGGAUAAGAACUUCCAGGGCCGCCGCUAUGAGUGUGAAUGCGACUCCUUGGACUUCCACUCCUACCUGAGCCGCUGCAACUCCCUGCGUGUGGAGAGUGGGGCCUGGGUGGUCUACGAGAGGCCCAACUACAUGGGCUCCCAGUACAUCCUGACCAGGGGAGACUACCCAGAAUAUCAACGCUGGAUGGGCCUAAAUGACCGCGUUAGCUCCUGCAAGAUGAUCCAGUUUUCAAGCGGGUCCCAGUACAAGAUGCAGCUGUACGAGAAGGCCGACUACCGGGGCCAGGCCUACGAGACCAUCGAGGACUGCUCCUCGGUGCAGGACAAGCUCCGCCUGCGGGAGGUCUACUCCUGCAAGGUCUUCGACGGCUGGUGGGUCUUCUACGAGCUGCCCAAUUACCGAGGGCGCCAGUACUUCCUGGAGAAGGGCGAGUACUCCAAGCCCAGUGACUGGGGUGCCGUCAGCCCAGCUGUGCAGUCCUUCAGGCGUAUCACAGAGUGA